GUUUCCAUGGAGCCGACAGAAGCUAAAAGGUCGAGUUUGCGGAUUAACUAACAGCCUAUUAGUUGCUUCUUUUGUGGUCGAACAGCUUUCAGGAUGUCAGGGCAACAAAUUAGCGAUAAUUCCGAGACUCUGUUUUCGUUUGAGCUCAUGGUGGAGAAUAUACGAAUCGAGAAACAUUGCAAAGUGUCCGACGAGCUGGCUCUUGGAGUGAGAUUACUGGAUUUCCCAACGCUGCUAAUUUAUCAGCCUCAGCAGAGCAGCAGUAGUGUUAACCAGCCCGAGCAGAAUGAAGGGGACAAGCGGGGAGAAUACGCUUUUCACAGAGGCAAGUCUUGCUUCUUCAAAAUGAACCUGAACUCACUGCACGUCCAGCUAUCUAACACCCCUCUGUAUGCGAUGGUGUUGGAUGUGAAAGAGGAGAUCCCCAGAUUAGUUGGCUCCUCUCUGAUAUCACUGGCCAAAGUGAUGGACAGGAUCGGGCAGGAUGUGACUGAGUGUGGUGUUUCUACUCCCUCUUCUCACAGUGAAAGGGGGAUUGUUGCUAUAUGCAACCUCACGGGGGAGAAAAUUGGAUCGAUAUCUCUGAGUUAUAAACUGUUAUGCCUGGGAGCAAGCUUACUGCCACAUAUCACGGAAAGGAGGGGCCUGGAAAGCACAAGUGGAGGACUACAAGAAUGUGUCAAGGAGACAAACAAAUCUGCUGAAUCAUUGCCUCUUGACUGUGGUAAUAUGGGAUCACUAACACCGGACAUGUGUGACUUAAGCAGAGACAUCCAAAACAACAGACUAGCAAACGCAAAACUCUUGUUAAAUGAGGAUAAGCAGAACGAUGAUGCUGAACACAGACCAACGAACCAAACUGAAGCCAGUUUUGAAGAGGAUUUAACUGUAUUCUGUCCCCCACAUCUUUACUACAGUAAUUCUGCAGAGGAAAAAAGCAGAACGGAAGAAGGGGAUUACAAAUUAUUGAACAUAGACUCAGAAGCUUUUACAUUUGAAGAUUCAUGUUCUGAGGAUGAAUUGAAUGAAAAGGAAGCUGGAGUUUCGGUGAUGCAUCAAAAAGGCAGCCACAAUGCAAAAGUAUCAAGCAGCCAAGAAGCAAGUGGGGUUACCCCAAAUGUCCUUGGGGAAGCUUUACAACAGUUGCCUCUGCUAAAUGCUCUUCUUGUUGAGCUGUCACAGCUGAAUGGGCAGAUCCCACAGCAGUCCUUGACUGUUCAUCCCAGUCUAGCUUGGAUUUACAGGCCUGCUUCCACAGAGGCUUCAGCUGGGCAAGGAAACAAACCACAAAAUGCCCAAACCAAGUCAUUGCAGAAAGCUAAACAAGGGACUAGUCCCCAUUUAAAACAUUUACAUCCCCCCAGAACUUGUUCUACACCCAUAAAAGUGAAAGACAAACAAGAACAAGCUUUAGUAGACAGCAAAAGUUCUAGUAAAUCUCCCAGGAAGAAGCUUGUAUAUGGAACAACUAAAACAUUUAAUCUAAGGCUGAAGCAGAUUUCUCCUCUUAAAGUAAAACAUCGAGAAUGCAUGGACUUAAUACAGAAUGAAACACAAUUUACUAUGACCAAAGGACAAUCAAAGCCAAGUAGUAAAACCUUGAAGUCCAGCAAAAGAAAAUCAGUGUUAAAUCAGAGCUCCAAUCUCAAUGAACACAUUGAGACAGUGAUACAGAGUGUCACAUUGGACUCUGCACUGAAAGGAACAAUCACACUGAAGCAGAAAAACCAGCAUGGGAAAGUUCAUGUUAAACAAGACAGAGACACUGAGAGAAUGUCAGAAAAAACUUCCCUCUCUGAAAGAGACUUGAAAUUUAUUCACAUCCCCAGUGUGGAUAGCGACAGUUUUCCCCAAAGCAAUGACAAGAAGGAGCAUCACAGCGAAUCAGAUCAAUCACAGUCUGAGUCUGACAGGGGCAAAGAGAAAACUCAAUCUGCAGGAAGCAGCAGACACAGCAGCCCAAACUCUUCAUUUUCAGACCUGAGCAGGGAAGAAAAUGAGGAGGCAGACUACGCUGAUGACUUUAACAGUUUUGAACCCAGUGAUGCCUACUCUCCUGACCUUGUGAGCAGCCCUGAACCCUCCAGAGCCAAGACUCCAAAGUCUCCUGUCUUGUGCUACUCAGACUCAGGAUCUGAAGGUGUCCAGAGGAGAGUAUCUGUCCUCCCUGUGCCUGUCAAAGCCUCGAGCUCUCCACAGCGUGCUCUGAGGGGUACCCACAUCAUCCGACCUCGAACACACACCUCGGCCCUCAGCUUCUCCUCCGACGAUGGUACCAGAGAUGGGUCGGCUUCAUUACAAGCUACAAGUUCCAGAAAACUGACAGCAGCCAGUAGCAGAGUGGAAUGGAGCUCUGGUGGCGAGAGCUUCAUGUCCUCAAGAGAUCAAAGGAGUGAGUCAGGCAAGAACAACGACACAGUUCGAGGACUUUCUGCAGAAUCCAGAUGCUCUUUUGAACCCCAGGAGGUAGAGGGAGUGGAGGAUGAGCUUGGAUCUUUGGAUUUCAGAAAUGAGUAUCAGCAUAUCUCUAAGCUAGUGGCCAGGAAACUCCCUGGGUAUACUAUGUAAAGAAAAAAGUACACAUUAUGGUAAAAAUCAAGACUGCAAUAUUUUUCUUUUCACUAAAUCAAACAGAUGAGUUGUAGUACUGUAGUGUGCACUUGUAAUGUCUGGAAGUGUUUUUAAUAAAGACAAGUUUUUG